AUGCCAACGUACAAACUUUAUUACUUUGAUGGACGUGGACGCGCAGAGCUGUGCCGCAUAUUGCUUGCCUACGGAAAUAUUGAAUAUGAGGAUGUGCGCGUUUCUUCAGAGGAGUGGACGAAACUUAAGCCAACUAUGCCUAUGGGCCAGCUGCCGGUAUUGGAACGAGAUGGCGAUAUGCUGUGCAAAUCACCGGUUAUCGCGCGCUUCCUGGCUGAUACGAUCUGUAAGCAUUGA